AAUACUAAGUUGCCGUGCCCACGCCGGAGUGGACGUGUAGAGGCCGGGUUUGGCCCUUGUAAACUCUGACCCAAGUGCAUAGUUUUCUCUUUCCGGGACGAGAUGGCGCCGUCCACGCCGCUUCUAACAGUCCGAGGAUCAGAAGGACUGUACAUGGUGAAUGGACCACCACAUUUUACAGAGAGUACAGUGCUUCCAAGGGAAUCUGGGAAAAAUUGCAAAGUCUAUGCCUUUAGUAAGGAUGGGACCUUGUUUGCCUGGGCCAACGGAGAGAAAAUAAAUAUUAUCAGUGUCACUAACAAGGGACUACUGCACUCCUUCGAUCUCCCUAAGACAGUUUGCCUUGAAUUCUCACCAAAAAACACUGUCCUGGCAACGUGGCAACCUUACACUACUUCUAAAGAUGGCACAGCUGGAGUUCCCAACCUGCAACUUUAUGAUGUGAAAACUGGGACAUGUUUGAAGGCUUUCAUCCAGAAAAAGAUGCAAAAUUGGUGUCCAUCCUGGUCAGAAGAUGAAACUAUUUGUGCCCGAAAUGUUAACAAUGAAGUUCAUUUCUUUGAAAAUAACAAUUUCAAUACAACUGCAAAUAAAUUGCAUUUGCAAAAAAUUAAUGAUUUUGUGUUAUCACCUGGACCCCAACCAUACAAGGUGGCUGUUUACGUUCCAGGAAGUAAGGGUGCACCUUCAUUUGUUCGAUUAUAUAAGUACCCCAACUUUGAUGGACCUCAUGCAGCUUUAGCCAAUAAAAGUUUCUUUAAGGCAGAUAAGGUUACAAUGCUAUGGAAUAAAAAAGCUACUGCUGUGUUAGUAAUAGCUAGUACAGAUGUUGACAAGACAGGAGCUUCCUACUACGGUGAACAAACGCUGCACUAUAUUGCAACAAAUGGAGAAAGUGCUGUGGUGCAAUUACCAAAAAGUGGCCCCAUCUAUGAUGUAAUUUGGAAUUCGAAUUCUACUGAGUUUUGUGCUGUUUAUGGUUUUAUGCCUGCCAAAGCAACAAUUUUCAACUUGAAGUGUGAUCCUGUGUUUGACUUUGGAACUGGUCCUCGUAACGCAGCCUACUAUAGUCCUCAUGGGCAUAUAUUAGUACUGGCUGGAUUUGGAAAUCUGAGGGGACAGAUGGAAGUAUGGGAUGUUAAAAACUACAAACUUAUUUCUAAACCAGUGGCCUCUGAUUCUACAUAUUUUGCUUGGUGCCCAGAUGGUGAGCAUAUUUUAACAGCUACAUGUGCUCCCAGGUUACGUGUUAAUAAUGGGUACAAGAUUUGGCAUUACACUGGCUCAAUCUUGCACAAGUAUGAUGUGCCAUCAAAUGUGGAAUUAUGGCAGGUUUCUUGGCAGCCAUUUUUAGAUGGAAUAUUUCCAGCAAAAACAAUAACUUACCAAGCAGUUCCAAGUGACGUACCCAGUGAAGAACCUAAAACUGCAACAGCUUACAGACCCCCAGCUUUAAGAAAUAAACCAACUACCAAUUCCAAACUGCAUGAGGAGGAACCUCCUCAGAAUAUGAAACCACAACCAGGAAAUGAUAAGCCAUUAUCAAAAACAGCCCUUAAAAAUCAAAGGAAACACGAAGCUAAGAAAGCUGCAAAGCAGGAAGCAAGAAGUGACAAGAGUCUGGAUUUGUCACCUACACCUACAUCACAGAGCUCAGCUCAAAAUACGGUCUCUCAGCCAAUUUCUGGAGAUCCUGAGGUAGACAAAAAAAUCAAGAACCUAAAGAAGAAACUGAAAGCAAUCGAACAACUGAAAGAACAAGCAGCAACUGGAAAACAGCUAGAAAAAAAUCAGUUGGAGAAAAUUCAAAAAGAGAAAGCCCUUCUCCAGGAGCUGGAAGAUUUGGAAUUGGGUAUUUAAAGAGUCACAGAAAGCAAGUUGGUUACCAGAAAUCAGUGGGAACUCAUCUUCUGUUAAGUUCAUCGGUGUAUACAGAACGUUCAUGUGCCCACAUUUAACAUUCAUCUCUAAUUUUAACCAUUUUCCAAAGUUCUGCGUAUAUGGGAAAUUAUUUAAUAAUGUCUAUUAAAAUUGAUUUUUGUGUCCUGCAUCUUAGAUCAUGUUAACAUAUGAAAUAAAAAGACACAUGACAUAUUGAAGUUUGACAUAUUGAAAGACAAAUGUCAUUGUUUUUUAGGAGGAGACAGUAUUUACCAUAUAAAUGAAUAAAGACAUUUUAAAUUUAAUCAA